UUUCUCUGUCUCUCAUUCUCUCUUUCUUACAUAAUUUUCCCUCAAAAUCUCCCCUUUUCAAAGCUUCCCAUUUCUCUCUCUCAUUUUGCCUCCCUCACCAAAAAUUUAGUAUCCAAAGACCCUUUUCUCUUAUUCCUUCCCUCAUUUAUUUUUCUUGAUUUUGUUCUGAUUCUUGAAUCAAAUCCCUUCUUUUCUUCUAUUCUUGUUUCCUCUGUUUCGUGUUCUUGUUCUUGCUCUGUUUUCGCUUCAUUUCUUGAAAGUCUCCCUCUUUUUCCGUCUUCUUUCGAUUAAAAAUGGGGUUUUCCAAGAAAGCGCAAGUAGAUUCAAGUUUAGACAGCGAAGGGAAGAAAUGGGUAAUUGCUGGAAUUGCUAUUAGGACUUCACUGAAGCCGAUAAACACGAAACCAAGAGGCAAAGAUAUUGGCGAAGCAGAAGAUGAAGAAGAAGAGUGUUCUACUACUCCAACAGCAAAAGAGGCAAGAAUACCGGAGAGAUUGCCUUGCCCACCAGCACCAAGAAAACGGCGGCCGGUUUCGAGGUGUAACUAUAAUAAUAGUGUUAGGGAGUUCUUUAACCCCCCUGAUUUGGAAUCAGUGUUUAAAUGCUAUGUUGAGAAAGCUAACUAAUAACUCUAGCUAGUUUGAGUUCAAUUUAGAAUUUAGAGAUUUUGUAGUGUUUUAUCUAUUUAUUAUCCUUAUUAUUAUUAUUUUCUAAGUUUUUUUUUUUUUUAAUGUUUUUGGUAGUUAUUAGGAGCUGAAGUUGUACAAAGAUAUGAUAUUUUAUGAAAUGACUAGUGUAGUUUGGUUUAGCCUUUCUUAGUUAAUGGAGAAGUUUCUUGCUUUAGAAGAUAGUAAUUGUUUUUUAAUUUUUCCCUAUCAAUGCUUGUAUUGGAGAUGGUAUCUUUA